AACCAAGUUUCUUAUGUUCAGUUACUUGCAUACUACUAUAUCACCCUAAAACAAGAGAACCCUUUCUUCUCGGGUUUUAAAAGAAAGAACAAAAAAAUGGAACCUGUUCAAUUGAUUUCUGAAGAAUGGGGUUCUCUUUGUGGAUUUCACACAACUGAAGAAGCUGACUUCAUGGCUCAGUUGUUUGGUUGCAACACUUUAGUCACAGAAAAGCACUGUGGAAAUACCACUCUUGGCUUUUGGCCUGGGCAUGAUGAGUCCACAAUAGUGGCCAUGACAGACACUAAUAGCAACUCAUACCUUCCUCCAAACGUUACAGAUACUAAUUUUUUGUGUUUCUCACAAGGGAGUAGCUCCAGUACUGAUAAUAGUGGUAAUAAUAUCUUUUCCAUUACAAGUAGUGGAGCCUACUCCUGUGAUCCAGAAGCAAACUUUGAUUCUGUGUCCAUGGUUUUGUGCCUUGGAGAUGCCAAAUUUAGUCCCCAUAGUUUUCAAUGUGAUGACAACUCAAGCCAACAGAUAAAUGAAAACACUGAUGAAGAGUCAAGUCUAGACCCAUGGAAGUUGGCUAUUGCUGACAAUAAUUUGCAGGCUAAGAGGGAGUAUGAAAUGAUGGUUUCUGAACCUGUAGAAGUGGAUAGAAGCAGAAACCUGGAGAACCUAGCAAAAAGACUAAAGAGUUCAAUAGAGGUUUCAAAAACAUUGAGGAGUGCUAAAUCAGGGAAAAAUUCAAAAUCUGCUUCAGUGAGCAACGAUGAAGAUGAUAGAAGCUUGAGCCUCCAAGCCCAAAGGAAUAGCUGUUUUUCACAGAGUGACUCUAAUGCUUAUCUGGAGCCAAAUGGAGGGGCAUCAAAAGAUCCUGCACCUCCCAAUUUGCAUAGAAAAUCAAGAGCAACUACCGGUGCUGCCACUGAUCCACAGAGCCUCUAUGCAAGAAAGAGAAGAGAAAGAAUAAAUGAAAGGUUGAGAAUACUGCAAAAUCUUGUUCCCAACGGAACUAAGGUGGAUAUCAGCACCAUGCUUGAGGAAGCUGUCCAAUACGUUAAGUUUUUACAGCUCCAAAUUAAGCUUCUGAGCUCUGACGAUCUGUGGAUGUAUGCUCCAAUUGCUUACAAUGGAAUAAACAUUGGACUAGACCUCAGUAUUUCUCCAACUAAAGGAAUAUCAAUGUGAUAGCAUAGCAAUUGAAGAGGAUAUAAUAUUUCAUUAACUUAAAUUGCCACUUUAUGAUGUUUUUGUUAACUCAUUUGUAUAAUGGGGUUGAAUCCUUCAAACUAUGGUCGGGAUUAAUUAAUCAAACAAGCCCUUUCGAGAAAAGAGAUAUUAAUUUGAGUUAACUUGGUAAUUCCUUAAGCAAACAAUUUGGAGGAGUAGAAUAUCCGCACA